GUUAGACAGUCCGCCAUGGAAGAAGUCAACCUCACCGUCCCCUGUACCUUACUGGAGCAGGCCAGGAGGCAAAUGAGGAUAGACCCAGUAGCGGAGGCCAGGGUCCUGGUAGAGACGCUUGCCGACCAUUAUGGCCAGCACCGGGUACCGCGUGCACACCCGGCCAACGACCCUCGGCCCCGCCUAUGUUUGGAAGAACUAGUGCCUGAGACGCCCUUCCAGCAGCAGGUGCGUAGCCUGCGGGACAUUGUUCCGGCCCCGCCCAGGAUAGAGGAGGGGUAUGAUUCCAUGAAUUUGGAUUGGUUAGACGAUGACUUGUCAGUGCUCCUUAGGCAGUCAUCCCUGCCGGAGCAAUGGAGCGACUACUUCAAAAGUAUGCCGAAAUGGCAUGAUACCUCGCGAAAUGAGGCGCCGCAGAGGCUCUUGGUGUAUACCGACGGCUCUGCGGAUAUGGCAGACUCCCAUGACAUUUCUCCGGCGGCGUGGGCUUUUGCCGUUUGGGUGCAAUGUGCGCACGGGAUCUACUACCUAGGCUCUAUCCCUAGCUGGUGGACGGGCGUUGACGCCCACUAUCAUGCCUGGGUCGACCGCGUCUGGGACAGUGCCACAGCCAUAAGCACACCGAAGCCGCGCCGCCAAUCGCAGAGCUACCUGACAGCCGAGACUCUGCAACUGGUUGAUGAAAGGGCUGCCUACCGCCACUACAUCAAGGCAGAAGAGGUGGAACGUGUGCGACGCGUCAAGCUUGCAUGCUUUGCGGCCUUUGUGCAUUUGCGCCGGGGCACGGCCUUCGGGCAGGCGGCCCGCGCAACGGCGCAUCAGUGGCUAAGUGACGUGGAUAAAAGCAUAGCUUUGGCCCUUGAGCGCAUACAGGAGCUAGCCGUCGCGGAACAGAUAUGGUUGAUAGGUCUGCAGGAGACGAGACUGCCCAGUAGCGCGCAACUGGCGGACAGUGAUUUCAUGAUGCUCAACGCAGCGGCAGAUGAAGCCGGAUGCUACGGAUGUGCACUAUGGAUCAACCUUCAGCAGGGCUAUGCCACCACAGCAGACGAAACAUAUAGAGUGCAGCCGACUCAGGUUGUAGUUGUCAACAGUUCGCCCCGACACCUGCAGGUUCACAUCGAGGCCCCCAGGCUCAGCAUGACUGUACUAGUGGUGCAUGCACCGCGGGUAGCUACAGCCGGCCGAGAGGGGGUUCAAGCCUUUUGGAAUGACCGGGAGCGAGAGCUGCGACAGAGACCACAGCGUGCUAACGUGGUUUUGCUCGUGGACGCCAAUAGCCACGUAGGUUCCAUCACGUCGCACCACAUUAAGUCCAAGGAUGCGGAGGAGGAAAAUGUAGAAGGUUCCAUCUUCCAUGCCUUCUUAGAGAGGGUAGAUUGUGCUCUGCCGGCCACCUUUGAGGAAUGCCACCAAGGUGAUAGCUGGACAUGGUGUGGCCCAGGGACCACGCCUGCCAAGCAUCGCAUUGACUAUAUUGGCAUUCCAAAGUCAUGGGUUGACCUAGGGCCUAGGACUUGGGUUUGGUACACGUUUGAAGCCCUCCAAGCACGUCAAGAUCAUAUGCCAGUGUCCUUGUAA